AUACCUAAAUCCAGGUAAUCAGAUAUUGUGAAAAACUGUAGAAUUUUAGUUUUAAUUAGGUGGCAUAUAUCAUCUAAUAUUAGUUCGAGUUCUUGCGAAAUACGACUAAGUUUAAAAUACGUUUUAUUUAAAUAGAUCGAGUCGGUAUUCGGGACAAAGUGAAAUUUAUAGUGCAUUAUAGUUGAUGUUAAAGUAUGGCAUCCCUUUUGGGAAUACAAGCGAAAAUGAGGCGACUUUUUAAAAGACGCGAAUCAGACCCCAACCUUCAACUGGAGAGCGUUUCCACCCUCUCAGGCCAAGAUGAAGACUACUAUAGACCCAAUACUGCCAACGAGACAACCUCCACCAGUACCGAAAGCAUCCCCAACCAAAAAUCACAUUUAUCCUCUUGGGGUAAAGCAUGGGAAAAAAUCAAAAGACAAGACUCCUCAGAACGCCUGCGUAAAGACGAUUCACAAACGUCAGAUUCUUCAACGGAAAACCUUGAACGAUUAACGCAGAGUCUGAACGAAACGAGCACCAGCAAAACCAAAAUAACCGACGAAGACGUGAAAAAAAUUUACGAAAUGUACAAAAACGUGAAAAACGAACCUAAUAAGUGUCUCAGGGAGGGCCCGUUGAGGAACAGCAUCAGGGUAAAGAGAAAAUUCAAAUGCGCCUCCGACAAUGUCGAAUUAAAUCAACAACAAUUAUUGGACUAUUUAAUCCUGAUGAAACCCGACUCAAACGAAUUGGACAAGAUUUUUGAUACGGAGAAUGAGCCGAUCAGUCCGGAUCUAGAUAAGAAGAAAAAUCGACGGUCUAGGUUCAGAUCAAUGUUUUCAAGGUCUUCAAGCAAAAGCGACGACGAAUCGUCAGACAUAGCGUUCAAAAAAAUUAACCAAAAGUCAACGUCAACGGACAGUUUGUCGAGCCUUUUGAAUUAUAUUUUGCCGAAACGCCGUCAACAAUCUAAGUCUCCCUCUGCCAGGGGGAAAUUUAAAUCAGACGAAAGCGGAUAUGGAAGCGACUCCACCAAGACCACCACUCUGGAUUCCCCUAUUGGAUCUGUUAAGUCACACAUCAGUCAGACUAGUCAGGAGGUUGACACAGAUGGCGAAUUGGACGUUACGUUAAAAGACAGCAAAACCUACAGAGAUAGGCACGAGUUCAGUGACGAUACCGACACAGCAGAUGAAGAUAUGGAUUUUGAGACCACUUACACUUUCAGCAAAUUCUACGGAAGAAGUUCCUCGAAAAAACGGCCCAGGUCUCAGUCAAAGGAGGACUUACAAAGGCGCAGCAUGAAAGUAAAAAGAUCACCCAGCACAACUGAAAAGAUGAAAAUGUCAAUCGACAAUCUGAGCAAAUUAUGCGAGAAAAUGGAAGUGAAAGAAGUGAUGAAGAGCGAAUCGAGUGCCAUUUUGGAAAAGGAGUUCAAGUGCGUCCGGCUUAAGGUAAAAAAGAACGAAAGCGUUGGCAUCCAAAUUUCUCCCAAGUGUGAUAAACCCCAGGCCUAUACGUAUUUUAUCACGCAAGUUGUGCCUAAUUCCGUUGCCAGCAGAAAUGAUAACAUAAGAGUAGGCGAUGAAGUCAUUAAAGCCAAUGGCAUACGAGUCAAGGGCCUUCCGUACCACACUGCCAAGUCCCAUUUCACACCGAAAAAUAACGAACUGGAAUUGGUAAUAUCCAGAACAUCACAAGCCAAACCGACUAAUAGCAAGAAACGCAGCAACUCUUUUAAAGCCUUCUUGAGUAAACCAGCGGCCCUUCUGAGUCCUAGAAAAGAAUCUCCUGCGAGUCCUAGUAAAUCAUUAGUGCAGAAAAGCCCUAGCAAAAUAAUUAUUCAAAAAAGCCCCAGUAAGACAAUUAUUCAAAAAAGCCCCAGCAAGACAAUCAUCCAGAAAUGCCCCAGCACGACAAUUAUUCAAAAAAGCCCGAGCAAGACAAUUAUUCAAAAAAGCCCUAGUAAACCUUCAAUCCAAAAGUGCCCCAGCAAAUCCUCAUUACAAUCUCAAAGAACUCCCCAGACAGUAGGCUUAUCGCAAAUCCUACGGCCCUCCACCACGGAAACCAAGGUGUCUUUCAGUGAAAAACCGACGUUUGCUCAACCAAAAGAUACUCUUAGAUCCAAACCGCCCCUCUUUAAGAGUCCCUCGCCGAUCAGAAAACCACUCGCUCAGUCCCAAAUGGAAUCUUCAGUGUCUCGCACCCCAUCGCCACACGGGAUGCGAAAGUUUUCGGUUGUAUCGGCGAACAGGACCAGGAACGCCCCUCCCAAAUGUGCUCCGAGUGUAUUAAGAAGCCCGAGGGGUGCGCGCACUUGCGAUAAGACCAUCACGUUCGUUAAGGGGCCCGGCAAAAAGAGUUUGGGAUUUUCGGUUGUUGGGGGCAGGGAUUCUCCCAGGGGACCUAUGGGCGUUUAUGUGAAGACGAUUUUUAAAGAGGGACAAGCUGCCGAGAGCGGAGUACUACAAGAAGGAGAUGAACUGUUGUCAAUUAAUGGGAAGACCUUUGAUGGCUUAUCACAUACCGAAGCAGUCAACUUGUUCAAAACCAUAAAAACUGGCAAUGUGGUAAUUGCAGUGGCAAGCAAACCUUUUAGGAAAUAUUCCCAUUCGAUGUGAUGCUCCCAUAUUAUUCCACAUCAGUAGUAUAAGAUAGUUGGGUUUCAAAGAGGCUCGAAAAUUCCCUAGGACCUUUGGGAAAUUAAUAUUGUAACAGUAUUUAUAGCAAGAUUUUUACAAAAAGCUGUUAAUUUGUAAUUGUCAAGUAACUUUUGGGGCCGUUUUGCAAAUCCCAUAGAGAGAGGCUUCCAUUAAAACCCGAUCGAAACUUAACAUUGAACUAAUGAAUUGAAUAACGUGAUAUGGUGUUGCGAUAACUCAGUUUUAAGAUUACUAAUAUGUUUGUUUAGUACAAUUUUUUUGUAAGUUUAUACAAAGAUAAUGAAGUAAUAUGCAGGGAUAAAGUUCUAACAUAACAUAAUAAAAAAAGAUUAAAAAAAAACGAAAUAAACAACCUGACAAAAUAACCAAACAUUACAGGGUAAUUUAAAACACUCUAUUGAGGCAUCUAGGAGUGGCUUGUUUAUUUUGGACAUAAGUCAAAUCUUUUUUGGAUAAAUCGAAAACUGAUGACAUUUAAAUUGACUCGAAUUCAAUCUCUCAGAUUGAUUAUGAAAUUGCCUGUAUUUCUACCACCCCGUCCUAACAAAAUAAUAUAUAUAUUUUCUUAUAUUUAGGUUUAUAGUAAUGAGACUGACAAAAUGGUAGUAGUAUAUGUAAAUUAGUUUUAUUUAAAAAUGUUGUUACUUAACUAUAUGAUAUAGACGUAAGUUUUUUGGCAAUUUAUCCAUUAUGAAAUUUAUAAGAAUUUUUGUUUAUUUUUCUGGAUAUAAAUAAUUUGUUUCACAUUAAAUGUAAAAUGUAUUGUAAAUUAAAUAAAAUCUGUUUCAAAAUUA